AUGAUGCGCCAGACUCUCCGCCUGCAGGCCGCAACCUCGCUCAAGACCGCUCUCAAGCAUGCCCCCACCAAGACCUCGACUGUCGCCUUGGCUGCCAUCUCCCACUCCCUCCGCCUCCAAGCCCAAGCCAUCCGCGAGUACUCGACCCCCUCGGCUCCCUCGGCCUCGCCUACGUCCACUCCAACUGGCAGCAGCAACACCCAACCCAAGUACCGCCAGUUCCACACUUCAGACAUUCAGAACCAAGCGCGUGAGGUGCCCGGAUUUCCCAUCCUCGACGACCCCCUUGUCCAGAACCACUCGAUCCCUAGUUUCAUGGUCGGCACUCAGAACGGUUUCCUUCCCCGUCAGGAUCCCUUGGAUGUCUUGCCUAAGGAGUAUGAGGCUCUGGAGGAACUUUUGCAAAAGAUGCCCUUGACCUUGAAGGAUGGAUCCAAGGGACUUUUGGCGCUCGGACAGUUUGGCGAGGCUUGCAAGAGUUUGCCUCAGUAUGAUCUUUCGAAUGUUGAGGACUCUGAGUUGCUCUCUGCCUUGUACAGAGACUACACAUUCGUGGCAUCGGCCUACCUGCUCGAGCCCUGCGACAUCCUCUACCGCAAGACCGGCGACUAUGGCCUCGGCCGCUCCGUCCUCCCCAAGAACAUCGCCGUCCCCCUCGUCCAGGUCGCCGAGAAGAUUGGCGCCAAGCCCUUCAUGGAGUACGCCCUUUCCUAUGCGCUGUACAACUACCGCAGGAUCGACAAGUCAAAGGGUCUGGUCUGGGGAAACCUCGAAUUGAUCCGCCCUUUCUCCGGUGACCCAUCCGAGCUCGGCUUCAUCAUCUCCCACGUCACUAUGGUCUCCAAUUCCGGCGAGCUCGUCAAGAACACCAUGAAGACCCUCGAUGCCGCAGGCAAACACAACCGUGAAGCCUUUAACGAGGGCCUCGCCAAAGUCGUCUCGACCUACGAAAAGAUCAACCAGGAAAUGGACACCAUGUGGCAACGCUCCCUCCCCGCAGACUACCUCAAGUUCCGAACCUUUAUUAUGGGCACCAAGAACCAGCCCAUGUUCCCUAAGGGUGUGAUAUAUGAGGGGGUUUCGGAGGAGCCUAUGUUCCAUCGUGGAGAGUCUGGUGCGAACGAUUCCAUGGUCCCUAUGGGCGACAACUUGCUCCAGUUGACAGAGUCCAUGCCCUCGAACCCGCUCACGGCUGUGCUGAAGGACUUCCGAACCUACCGCCCCCACAACCAUGCCGAGUUCCUCGAGUUUGUUGAAGAAAAGGCCCGCCAGAACCAGGUCCGUAACUUUGCAGAGCAGGACCCCAACUCUGCCGCCAUCUUCCUCGCCGCCGUUGAUCAGAUCCGGAAUUUCAGAAACAGACAUUGGUCCUUCACCAAGGAGUAUAUCAUCAAGUACACCAAGCACCCUGUGGCCACCGGUGGAUCCCCCAUUGUGACCUGGUUGCCUAACCAGUUGGCGACGGUCUUGAGGACCAUGCAGGAGGUUGGUGCCAAGAUUGAUGAGAGGGCGCUUUUGCCUGAGAAUAAGGCCUUGGUCGACGUGUUGACGAAGCGGGCGGAUGCUCAGGCUAGGGUCUUGGAUCGUGAGGUUGCUCAGCUCCGCACUGAGAUCAAGGACCAGGACAAGGUCUAA